AUGGCCGUAGUACAAACUCGGCCCUACAGGCGAAUCCUGACUUCGGCCUUGCACCGAAGAUUUGUUCAUGCAUCUGCACUUUCACUGCUGGUCUCUUAUAUCACCGCAAUUGUGGUUGGAGAGAAAUCGUCUUUCUUCUGGUUAUGGUUUCCUUUGGGCAGUUGUGGUGUUCGAACCGCGCUCCUCUUCAUCUCGUCGCUCACCAUUUUUGUCCUUCGCGUCAGUCAAAUGCACAUUGGUUCGAGAACAGCUACUUCCUCGUUCGGCACUUUGAAAUCCUUCACUUUAUUACAAAUCGCGCAAACAUUUGGCUGGUACCUCUUCUCGGCAUGGUGGUUCACUCAAGUCUACGUAUGGUCGUCUUCGCUUGAUUCUAACCUCGAGCUUGUGAAACGGGGCAGGCCACACGAGCGACCGACCCUGAACGAAAGGCCCAUUUACCUUAACUCCUUCCAUGCGUUUCUAGCAUGUGUGCAAGCAGUGUCCCACCUCUAUUACGACUACGACCGCAUUGCAGUGCCCAUAGCGGAACGGAGAUUGAAAACAAAUGACGAGCGUACCCAUCCUGUCCCGCCAACCUCCAAGUAUCUACAGCGUGUUUUGCCGCAAGAACUGGGGGCCGGUGCUCUCAGAGGCCUGAUUGUUGCUGCAGUCUCUCUCGUGAUAUACCCCAUAUUUUUCAGGCGCUUUGCGUGGAGCUGGUCUUUGUAUGUUGCCAAGCUCUUUUGGAGCUUCCCGAGAUCUGCAGCCGAACCUCAGAGCUUCGUUCCCUCAAUUUUCCCUUAUUUUUUCUUCAAAGCUUUGGUCCCUGGAGUCAUGCUUGUUCUUACAUGGCAAACCGCCAACCUCUUCUAUUCUGUGUUCAUCGGCAAGGAGCCUCUGAAGCGUGGCCAGCCACUCACGACAGAAGCCAAGGAUCCCAAUGGCAGUCUCCUAAGUGGUCUCAAGGCAAAGAAAGAAGUUGUGAGGACCUUCGCGCUCUGGGAACUUAGUCUCAUCAGCCAGCGCAUUCCCGACCGCCGGAAGGCAAUUUUCAAUGAAAUUGAUCGCGAGGGCGGUUCAGUUUGGUCCCAGGUCCUUGCUUGCACCACUGAUGUAAUCAAGGCCAUCAACACUCGUAUCGAGGAAAGCGAAAACCCCGCGCCUGUCACCAAGCCUUUACCGCAAGCCGAGAAAUCUGAGCCUGUUCUUCAAAGUCUCCCACGACUAUCAGAACCGAUCAAAGAUGACAACAUCUUCACUUCUGCCCCGAAGCCUACUUCACGCCAGGACAAAUUUGGUGAUGCGUUCAGCUCAGCGGCUAAAUCCAUCGGUCAGUCAGAAGACUGGACUCCAGCUGCCCGAGCCCGGGUCCGAGAUGUCUUCGACCGGGCAUCCGGCGGCCCCUCCACAACUCAUAAACCUGAGGACAUGAACCCAAUUCUGGCGCAGAUUCUUCGUUCGCCUAUCGGCCAACCUUUCCGUCAAACAUACGCUCAGCGCCUCUCAUCUAUUGUUCUUGGAACACCGGAAUCCUCUCUCUCAUUGAUUGUGGAUGCUGUGGAGUCGUUGACUCGACUCCUCAUUGCCAGCUUGGCCGAAGAUCCUUCACGCCGAUGUGCCCUCAGCAGUGCGGCUUUUGACCCAUACCACCCUGACCCUGGAUGCAUUUGCCCACCAGGGUGGUUUGGAUGCCCAUUGGACCGAUAUCAACUUCCCCCAUCUAGCGAUCCCCAGGCGCAAGCAGUUGCCCGCCUGGUCCCAGACGUUGAAGUCGUGCUUGCUACGCUCCGUGGUGGUCUCAAGGAUCUAUUGACGGCCUUCAAGCCUUACUUGCGGGAUAUCGGUAUCGCAGGCAAGGAUUUGAGGCUAGCAAAGGAGGCAGCUGGCAUCGACGGAGAGGAGGUAUUAUGA